UUUGCUUAUUUCAGGAGCGAACGCUAGCGAACCAUAGUACUACCUGCCGUAAAGUCUGUGCCUCGUUCGCACGCUAUCGUCGGUGGACUCUGACCUUGUGCUACAAAAGGGGCAAAACAGCAAAGCAGCCGGCUUUAAAUUACAACACUCGUGGCCGAGAUGUGAACCCUUCGAGCUGCUGAGCUGCGCUGGGCCGUCCGAAAAGCCGAAUCCGACGCUGCUGCUGACCUCUCGACUUGAGCCAAGCCGUGUGCGUGUGUCCAGCAGCAGCAAUGAGCGGCGUGCUGUUGGAGCACUCGGACUUGCGGUGCUGUCGGCAGUGGUUCAUUCUUUCGGCCUAGUGAGUGUAAAUGUGUCGCGGAUUAGUGUGCUGGGAUUAUCGGCCCUGCGGCGGAUGAUCUGCUCCGCCAGCCGACAUGGUCCGUGCUAACGGCAAGAGGGAUGUCCGAAUCCUCCUCGUCGGUGAAGCCGGCGUGGGGAAGACGUCCCUCAUCCUGUCACUGGUUAGCGAGCAGUUCCCCGAGGAUGUCCCGCCAAGAGCCGAGGAGAUCACCAUCCCUGCCGACGUGACGCCGGAGAAAGUGCCGACUCGUAUCGUCGACUUCUCGACACAAGAACAGAGCCAGGAGAACCUAGCUGAGGAAAUUGGCAAGGCUAACGUGGUUUGCGUCGUGUAUGCCGUAGAUGACGACGACACUAUCGACAAGAUCACCGACUACUGGUUGCCCCUGAUUCGGGAACAACUCGGCGACGACCACGGCACGCCCGUGGUUCUGGUGGGAAACAAGGCGGACCUAGUCGAGUACAGCUCCCUAGAGAUGGUGGUGCCAAUCAUGAGCCAGUACCAAGAGGUGGAGACGUGUGUUGAGUGUUCAGCCAAGACAUUCAAGAACAUCUCGGAGCUGUUCUACUACGCGCAGAAGGCGGUUCUUCACCCCACGGGUCCACUCUACGUGCCUCAAGAAAGGGAUCUGACAGAACGGUGCAAGGCAGCGCUAACAAGAAUUUUUCACAUCUGUGACACUGAUAAUGACGGCGUGCUAAGCGACCGGGAAUUGAACGUUUUUCAGCGAAAAUGCUUCAAUACACCCUUGGAAGCCAAGGCCCUCCAUGACCUGAAGGCCAUUGUGGCCAAGAACCUGGAGGGUGGUGUGGAGAACAACGGGCUCACUCUAUCAGGGUUCCUGUUCUUGCACCAAGUGUUCAUUCAGAGAGGUCGCCACGAAACCACGUGGACGGUGCUACGUCGGUUCGGCUAUGACGACCACCUCGUCCUACCCCGUGAAUAUCUCUGCCCACCGAUUCGAGUGCCUCCUGGCAGCAGCACGGAACUAAGUGCCAAGGGUCUUGCAUUUGUCACGUCUCUUUUUGAAAAACAUGACAAGACUGGCUGCCUCUGCCCGUCCGAGCUGGCAAACCUCUUUGCAGUCUGUCCGACGCAACCAUGGGGCACGGACCUUGUAGGCACCGUAGCCACCAAUGAUGCCGGCUGGCUGACGCUACGUGGAUACCUGGCCCACUGGGCGUUGACUACGGCGUUAGAUGUCCACAAGACACUAGAGUGCCUGGCGUACCUUGGCUACAUUGGAGUUGGUGAAGAGAACCAACUCUCUGCCGUCCAAGUGACGUGCGAAAAGCAGCUGGAGUCUCAGCAGCGGCAGAGCACGAGGCAGGUGCUUCACUGCCGGGUGCUGGGGCCACAGGGCGCAGGGAAGACGUGUUUCCUGCGGGGCCUGCUUGGCUGCAGUCUGGAGCAGAGUCCGCCUCCGGGACACCCCGGUCCCAAGUACGCCGUGGACCAGAUUGUCGUGUACGGCCAGGAGAAGUACCUCCUGCUCCACGAGGUGGACCUGUUUGGGCAGCACGACACGGCCGUGGCCCCGGAGCUGAGCUGCGACGCUGUGUGCCUUCUGUUCGAUGCCAGCAACCCGCGUUCAUUUGAGCACGUCGCCAGGGCCUACCUUAAACACUUGUCCGGAAGCUCUGUGCCAGUCUUAGUAGUGGCGUCCAAGAGUGACAGGCCGGCCGUGCGGCAGGACUACCCGGUGCAGCCCGCAGAGUUCUGCCGGAGGCACGACCUACCUGCCCCCCAGACAUUCUCAUGCCUGGUCACGCCACCUAGGGACGUCUAUGUCAAGCUUGCCACCAUGGCUGCCUACCCGAGCCUACGACGGUUGGUUCACGUGCUGCUAGUGCGGCCCAUGGCACCUUGGCUAUCGCGAUACACAAGCCGGCUUGCGUCAGCUGAGCCUUCGGCUUGGGUGGGCGCUGGUGUUGGAGCUGCGGCGGCAGCCGUUAUCGGAGUUCUUUUGAUUCGUCUGCUACGGGCGUCAACAAGAGACAGGUGA